AUGCUUCCCCUGUUUUUAUCUUUAGAUAUUGGUCAUACUGCCUCCGGUUCCUGUACCACUGUGGACAACGUCGGGAAUCGAAUAGGUUCUACUGAUGCCGUUUUGGUCACCAAUCGUUCGUCAAGUAGCUCCGUUACACCCACAUCAUUUUCCUCCACACCCGGGUCAACGGCUACUGGAAGUCCAGUAGCGCAUGCCAUCUCGCAUUUCCAUCCUGAACGAAAGCAUAUCCCUUUGAAUCCUAGCGUCGAUCUCACCCUUGACCCUCCUACCUCAUUGGAACCCGUUUCAGAAAGUUUAUAUGAUCAAACCAGGUUCCAGGAUGAUGAUUGCGCCUGUCGUUCUCUCCCGUUACCCCCUCACUAUUCCGCCGGUAGGCGUCGCUGUGAUCCCCUGUUCCAAACCAAAACUUCCGUGGUGACUGAUCCCUUGCGACACAAACCCUCAGACUAUUUUGCCACUGACACUGGUCUUUUGCUUCCAUCUCGACGCCGUAAGUCUCGCCCUGUCGCGGAUUUUGCAUUCCCUCCAUCUCAGAUGUGCGUGCUUCGUCCAACACGUGGCCCGCGGGAUUUGUCAUCGUCUGAUAGAGAUCUAAUCGAACCUGGCGAGGCUGCCGAUAAUCCAAACAUUGGAUCGACCGAACGCCAGACCGGCCUGUCUUUGACAAGUUAUCGAUCCAGUGGUUUAGAUAGUCGCUCAUCUGGUUAUCAGUCUCAUUCGCGACAGUCUAGUCUGGAAUCACAGGCAGUCGCCGGUUCUACAUGUGCGCUUGCUCCCGCUCCUUCUGGAUCAAUGUGA